AUGUUGAAUCUGGAUACAAACACCUUCACGCAUAUAGUUGGUUCACUUGAAUCUGGUCUGAAAGGUCUGGAUGCAAGCAUCUCAUCACAGUGUGCAUCUGCGGUUGAUAAUUUGGCAGCUUUCUAUUUCAACAACAUCUCCAUGGGGGAGGCUUCCACUUCACCUGCUGCUAUUAAUCUUGCUCGACAUAUUUCUGAAUGUCCCAAUUUAUUUCCAGAAGAUACGGCAAUGUCUGAAGCCAGUGGCAGUGAUAGGAAGUAA